AUCUCUCUCUCACCAAUUUAGAAACAGAGAAACAGUUGAAAUCUCCCUCUCUCCCUCUCCCACACAUUUCUUACAUUCAGUUUCCUUUUGAUGUUCUCUUCUUACAUCCUUCCUCUAAAUGUCUCACCAUCAUCACCAUGAAACCAACCCUCAUUUCGCGCGUCUUCCAUCGCAGAAUCAACCUCUCAAAGGUGGUGGUGCCUCUACCUCACAAUCUCACCCAAAUGCUCCACCACCUGGAAUCCUAAUCAAGCCUCGUGAUCGCCACCGUAAAGGUCCUAUCCCUCCUUCCGAAACACCUUUACCACUUAGCCCUGAAGAGAGACUACCCCCGCGGAAAACUUCAAAAAUACCAUUACUAUCAACCCCUAAAGAGAAACCACCACAAAAAAAAACUCCAAAAUCUUCAAAAAGACCGUUACUAUUAAUCCCUGAAGGCCAUCAUCAACAACAACAACAACAAAGAUCUCCACCUCCACCACCUCCACCACAACAACCACGCAUUGCCCCCGGAGGCUACACAACAACACUACCUCCAAUAGCCAAACCAACUCCAUGGAGAAACACAACACCAUCACCUCAUCACCGCAGAGGCCAACAGCUACCACCACCUUCAAGAGACCAGACAAACGCAAUGACUUGGUCAGCGGCCUUCUGCUGUGUAAUCUUCUGGAUCAUUCUCAUCCUCGGCGGUCUUAUCGUCCUCAUCGUCUACCUAGUGUACCGUCCACGCUCUCCUCACAUCGAUAUCUCGUCCGCUAACCUAAACGCUGCUUACCUCGACAUGGGGUUUCUCCUCAACGGUGACCUAACCUUUUUAGCAAACUUCCCAAACCCAAACAAGAAAAGCAGCGUUGAGUUCAACUACAUAACCUUCGACCUUUACUAUUACAACACUCUUAUAGCGACAUCAUACGUUGCGCCUUUCCAGAUUCCUAAGAAGAUGUCGAUGUUUGCUAGUGUUCAUCUCGUGAGCAGUCAAGUGAGGCUCCAGCAAGAGCAGAGCAGAGAGCUGCAGCGUCAGAUUGAAACCGGUCCGGUUUUGUUGAACCUGAGAGGGACGUUUCAUGCACGUUCGAACUUAGGGGCGUUGUUUAGGUACUCGUAUCGGUUGCAUACUCAUUGCAGCUUUUCUUUGAAUAGUCCUCCUUCAGGAACUAUGCGAGCUAGAAGAUGCAGUACCAAACGCUAGCGUAUUGCGUUUGGUCCAUUUUUUUCUCGAUACCUUUAGAAAUAAUUAAUUUUCUGUGCGUACUAAUUGAUGCUACAAAGUUUAUUAAUCUUAAUUAUUUGGUCCCAUAUGCGUUACUAGUUCUCG